CUCCUCCUCCUCGCUCCUAUUUCCCUCGCGCUCCUUCCAUUUCCCCGGAACAAUUCCACGCGCCCCCUCCCGCCCCAUCUGACGGGCCAUCACACAUACAGGGUCACUACUACGGCCAACAGUCUCACCAGGGACCAAUGCCGCCAGCGGCUUUUGUAGCCGCAGAUGGGAGAAGUUUAGCGGGGCGCAGGAAGCGCAAGGCGUUUGAUGAUGCUGAAGACGACACAAGAAAAACCAUGCGGAAUCUUAGUGUUGAAGAUGAUCCUGAUUUUGAGGGUUCGUCUGGACCCUACCCAUGCCCACGUUGUGGCCGGACUUUCAAACGCAAGGAUUCAAUGAAAAGACAUAGGUUCAAACGCAAGGAUUCAAUGAAAAGACAUAUGCCCUCUGAUAGGUGUACCCAGAACUUGAAGAAGAAGUUGUUGCAAGAACUUCAGAGCAGUACGGUCGCGGCUGCGCCUCCCGUCGCCGCACAAGGGUCAUCCUCAUCUCAGCGGCCAGGAGCUGCACCGAGCUCGGCGACGCAACAAUCCCAGCUCUCGACUGUGUUCCAUGGAGAAGUUCCAUAUUUACCCGCGGUGCAAUCCAAUGUCCAGGCCCCACCUGUACCGCGUCCUAUGGAACCCUCUCGCGCGGCUACCAAUUCCAAUAGCUUUCUGUCUAUAUCCGAACCGCGCUCUGUGCAGCAACUUAAUGGGUCGCCUCCAUCCACCGUCAUGGCGGAAGAUAGAGAGGGUCUCUUUAUGCCUCCGACGUCUCUCACCCUUCCCCUCCCGACUGCGCAUGCAAUGGAUGCCCCAGUUCCCGAUGAAAACGCAGCCGCGUCUCCAUUCGUUUAUGAUUUUGGUGCCCUCGAAGCCGAUUAUGAAGCUUGGUGCUCGAAUGCCGAUUCGACACAUGAUCAAGCACACCAUUGGGGACUGGGAAGAAAGAAGAGAGAUGGAAGCCCGAGUGAGGGCGGAAAAGGAGGCGACGAAGGAGGGAGGAGACCGAGAGAGUACAGGAGGAGGAGGAAGGAGUAAAAGUGUACCAUAUUAUACUCAGCCUGGACACCGAACAAACUCAUACGCGCACCAAAACUUCUUAAACGUGAACCCCAUGGCUAUUUGUACUUUACUUACACCCUUACCCUGUUGUGAUAUUCCCCAGUACAGCCCUGACAGGGCACCACGUCACGCGUCUUAACAGAUUACUUUGUUUGUUGCGGUACAGAAAUAUAGAAAUUCUCUCUCUCAAGCACACCAUUAUUAUCAUGAUCUCUUUGGAAUUAUUUUAAUACGCAUGAUUGUACCUAGG